CAUUUAAAAGAACAUUAAUAGAUGUGCCUAGUUUUGUGUUUGUUGUAGUUUGUGGUUAAGUGAAACACUCAAUGAAUACGCAUCUAAAAUUAAAACUAUUUUCGAAUUUCUUAAAUCAAACGCGUAAAAUGCACAAUAACAUACUCAAAGACAUAUUCGCAAGAUCCGUGGAAUCCGUACAACCGGGAACAUUGAUCAAAAACCAUGUUAAAGUGACUGACGGCCAUCUGGUGGUGAACAACGCGAAACACACGAUUUCAGAGUCUUGUUAUGUGGUCGGGUUCGGUAAAGCAGUUUUCGAUAUGGCGAUGGAAAUCGAACGAGCUUUAGCUCACAAACUAAAGAGGGGGGUGGUAACAAUCCCUAAAGGAUUCGUGAAAGGACGAGGCGAUGGCGCCAGUGUAAAAAAUUCGAAAAUUAAUUUUAUUGAGGGCGCGGAGAAUAAUUUGCCGGACGAAAACGCUUUGGAGGGCGCCAGACAAAUUAAGGAGUUGGUGGAAGGAUUGGGGGAGGAUGAUUUCUUAAUUGUUUUAAUUUCAGGUGGUGGAUCAGCUCUACUUCCCCUUCCAUUGGAACCAAUAAAGUUGGAAGAAAAGUUGAAUUUGAUAAAAGAUUUGUCUAGAAGUGGGGCUGAUAUUGUGGAGUUGAAUUGCGUGAGGAAAAAGUUGUCCGCGCUUAAAGGCGGUGGUUUGGCGGAGUUGGCUUAUCCUUGUAGAACUGUUUCUUUAAUUUUAUCGGAUAUCGUAGGAGACCCUGUAGAUUUUAUAGCUAGUGGUCCAACAGUGCCAAACUCUGAUCCAUUAACAAAACCGUUAUCCAUCGUUGAAAAGUACAAUUUACUCGGAAAAAUACCAAACUCCAUUAAAAUUGUUCUAGAAAAUGACGAACAUAAUUGGUCUACAGGAAAAGCUGUACAAAUUUCUGAUGGGAAAUUCGAUCAUGUUACAAACUAUGUAAUUGGAAACAAUCAAAUAGCCACGGAGAAGAGUUGUGAAAGGGCAAAAGAAUUAGGUUUCCAAUCGUUGGUAGUUUCGGUAAAAAUCGAAGGAGACACCUCCGUAAUUGCUGAUAAUUACAUAAAACUAGUCGGCAACAUUGUAUCGUUAAUUGAGGACUCGAAAAAUCAGGUCAAUUUGGAGAAUUUACGUAAAACAUUAAACAAUGAAAUUGCAGCAAGUGACGAUGUGAUUGAGCAAAUUCUCCGUUUUGAUUUUGGAAAGAAAAUUUGUUUGGUUUUUGGCGGCGAACCAACGGUACAAGUCAAAGGCAACGGAAAAGGCGGACGUAAUCAACAACUAGCCCUCGAUUUCGCUCUUAAAUUGCCACACCAGAAACGCUCCCAAAUAUCUUUUUUAAGUUGCGGCACCGACGGAAUUGACGGUCCGACCGACGCCGCGGGCGCUAUUGUUAAUUCCCGCACAAUAUCGGACAGCGUGCGGCAGAAUUUAAAACCUGAGGAUCAUUUAAACGACAACAACUGCUACGAGUUCUUCAGCCGGCUGAACGGCGGUGAAAAUCUGGUGAAAAUCGGACACACCGGCACCAACGUGAUGGACGUGCACUUGCUGAUCGUCGAGCCUAUGGAACAAUAAAAUUUAAUUGUUGAUUAAUUAACAAUUAUAAAGCACAACAAUGGUUCGGAACGGACGAUUGUCGGUCGGCUCGAUAUCACAUGGUGUGCGCGCAGGCGCACCGCACGCAUUCCUAAACCGAUCUCGCGAACCGCAUUGCAUCCCGGUGCUUCGUGGCGUCGCGAUGUCGCUUGCAUUCUCGACAACAUACUCAUCGUCGUUCAACGAUCGUCCGAAAAACUAGCUAACUAUGGCCAGUGAAUAUUUUGUCGUGUUCUUUGUUGUGCUCCUCUCACCAUUUGCCACUUCGCAGUUGCUGAUCAACGUCAGAAAUCAGUGAUUAGCUCACACACAACGUUAAAAUACAAUGAAAAUCCAAACCGGACCAGACAUUGUGAUCAAUUCGACCCCGAAACAAAAUUGCUAAUUUACUGCGAGCAGUUAAUUUAAUGUCGAAUAAACCGAGAGAAAACCGGGAAGAGAUCACCUGUAAGAAUGGCGUGAAUCUCGGCCACACGUGGAGCCGAGGCAACGAACACGGAACAAGAUCCCCACUUAUCCACUUACCCCCCAAUUGAAUCCCCCCCCCACAGCUAUUGAGGGUCGAGUUGACCGCAAGUGACCGACCCUCGUUCGGGGCAUAAAACAACCCCGAAACGAAACGUAAAAAUAAAAUAAAAACACUUUUUUUUCUCAUUUUUUCCUUGUCCCAUCGUCCGGAAUUGCACUUUUAUCAUUAUUAACUUGAUGUUUUCCCCGGGAAUUAUCGCAUUUUUGCCAUUAUUGGCUUUGUUUAUUGACCUUAUGCGCACGUAAAAACAUUUGUGAUAUUGUUGGUUAGAAUUAUAAAAAUGUUGCUGUUGAAGUUCUGGAAAAAAUGAAAAAGUCAUAGUUUGUGUCGAGUAAACGUUUAAUAUUGAAUUGUUUUAUGCAAAUACAAAUAUGUAUAAAAUUGACUCAAAUUACACAUUCAAAACAAAUGCACAGUUUUUAAUUGAAUUUUGUUCUACUCCAUUUUUGCAACGAUAUUUCUAGAUGAAAUUUCAAAAACACAAUUAUUACACGUAUGGCGUAUAAUUAUUGUGUUUUACAAAAUUAAAUUAUCUACAUUACCUUUUCUAAAGACAAAAUAAUAACGACAUUAAUGUAAUAGUUAAUAGAAAGAGAUUAAUGUAAUAGUUAAAACAUACGUUUAUCGACGAAACACAACAAUCACACUUUUAAAACUAUAUUUGUAAAAUUAGUUAUCUGCUUUACCUACUUGAAUGUCAAUUUUUUAUAAUCCACAGUUAAAACUAUGUAUGAGUAAACAUUGUUUUAACUAAAAUGAUCACAAAUAUGUAAAUUAAUAGAGGUAAAAGUUGUCAUCUUUAUAACUCAACAAUUCUAUUAAAAUUAGGUUUACAAAAUUAAUUAUUUGUUUUAUCUAUACUGAUAUGAAGGUUUUUAUAUAUUUUAUUUGAUAAACAAUUAAAAUCAUCAACAAAUAAUUAAUGUUUUAAUGUAAAGGAAAAUAAAGCGAUAAAAUAUUAAUAAUUACCCGGCUUUUUUAUAUUCUUCAAUUCAUAAAUAAAUAUUAAUUUAAUUUAAAUAAAAUUAAAGCGAUAAAAUGUUAAAAAAUACAACAAUACAAGAGUUGUAAUAUAUAGUUAGUUAAUUAUUAAAACGGAACAAAUACAUUAUUAAGAUUACGUUUAUUAAAUUAGUUAAAUCUACUUUACCUACUCUAAUGCCUAAUUUUAUAUUCUACACGUGAUAGACAAAUAAAACUGUCUAAAAGUAAAUGCUGUUUUAAUUAAAAUAAUAAGCAAAGUAAUAAAGUUAAAAAAGAGCUAUUGGUCUUUAAAACUCAAUAAAUACAUUGUUAAAAUUAAGUUUGUAUAAUUAAUUAUCUGUUUUUCCUAGACUAAUGUGAAAUGCUUCAUAAUCUUCAUUUGAUAGACAGCAAAAUUAAUAAGUUUUGUUUAAAUUAAAAUAAUAUAAAGCGACAAAAAUAUUAAUAAAUACAAUAAUACAUUAGUUAAAACAGUUGGUUGGUUGUUAAACCAAAAUAAUAGAGUUAAAUGGA